AUGCGAUUAUUCACUUUUUCAUCCCGUCGUACGAUUUUAUUAUUUCAUAAUUCAUUUGCUAAUUGUAGAAUAUUAUCACAAAUUAGGCUGAAAAAUCAAAUCACUACACAAGCAAUUACGAAAAAUGAUACAAUUACAAAAGAGGAGGCAGAAGACAAUACUGAUAACAUGAGAUUGAUAUUCGAAAGUUCAAACUUUAGACUAGUCAGACUUUUAAAGUUUAUUUCGGUAUCAUUUCUUGGGCAGAAUAAUUUGAUAAUUGAUGAAACAGUAAAGUCAUUCGGUAUUACUAAAGAUCUAAUAGCAGCUGCAUUCAUGGCAAGCGCAACGUCAACAUUCAUGGUUCACCACUUUUUCUCCCGAUAUGUUACGAAAAUUUAUCUUCACCAACCUAAAACACUUCCCACAUCAUUCACACCAACAACAAUUAAUCCCUACACAAAAAUGACAAUAGAAACUAGGUCUUUAUUCGCAUUACCUAAACUUACAACAGUAGAAUUACGGCAUUUAAAUCCAAUGAAUCGAAGCUAUAUUACAUGGAGAGUAAAAAAAAAGUACUUGGAUUUUUGUAAGAAGAAAGGAAUUAAACCUCCUGCACAAAAAAAAUUUUGGGUUGAUUAUGAGAGUUCCAAGAAUGAUGUGGAAAUCGUUAAAAAAAUUGUUAACGUUAUUAAUGAAAGUAAUAGGAUAGACAUGAUUUAA